UUUUUUCUUCAGGUUGCUAUGAAGAAAAAAACAUGAAGGUGGGGCUAGUACUUUUCCUACUCGGUGUUAGCUCUUUUGUGUUGCUUCAUCGCUCCAAUAAGGGAACUUAAAGUGCAGGUUUUCAAAAGAAAGUGCAUUAGCAAACAGGAGCUGCCUCUGAACACCUGACUUCACAAGGUUCUUAUCAGUAAGCAUCUAUACACACAGAAUGGCUGACCAAUGGCAGGAAGCUUAUGAUUUUGCCGUUCAAGUGGCAAGAGCAGCUGGAGCGGUAAUAAGGAAAGCAGGGGAGGAGGAAAUAAAGGUGCAGACAAAGAGCUGCACUGUCGAUCUCGUCACCCAGACUGACGAGAGGGUGGAGAAAAUCAUCAUUGGGUCUCUUAAAGAACAAUUUGGAGAAGGCACACACUGUUUCAUUGGAGAAGAGUCAGUGUCAAAGGAGCAGCCUAGUAUCUUAACUGAUAAACCCACAUGGAUCAUAGACCCUGUGGAUGGCACCACAAACUUUGUGCAUGGAUUCCCAUUUGUGGCCGUGUCUAUUGCCUUUGCAGUCAAUAAGGAGUUGGAGUUUGGUGUGGUGUACAGCUGCAUGGAGGACAAGAUGUAUAAAGCAAGGAGGGGGCAGGGAGCGUUCUGUGAUGAUGAACCCAUUCAGGUGUCCGAUGUGAAAGAUAUCAAUAAGUCCAUUAUCAUCUGUGAGCAUGGAACUGACAGGUCUCCGGAGACAGUGCAGAAGAUCUUCUCCACGAUGAAAAAGAUUCUCUGCAUCCCAGUGCAUGGGCUCCGUGGGUCUGGGACGGCUGCCACCAACAUGUGCCUGGUGGCGUGCGGGGCGGUGGAGGCCUUCUUCGAGAUCGGGAUCCACUGCUGGGACAUUGCUGCUGGGGCGGUUAUAGUCAGAGAAGCCGGUGGAUUACUCCUGGAUGUUGACGGGGGACCUUUCGAUGUGAUGUCUCGAAGGAUGGUUUCAGGAAACAACAGGGUGAUUGUUGAUCGGAUCAUCAAGGAAAUUGAAAUAUUCGAUACGGUGAGAGACGACGCUCCAAUUGUGAAGAAAUGAAAACUUCCAAAUGCAUUGUGAAAUAAAUACCACAUAAAUGGUCCAUCCAAUUGCUGUGUGUCCUUAAUAAAGUGAAUGCGCUGUUAUUAUACUGAUA